AUGUUGGGUACAACGGAUAAUUAUAAUACUGAGUACACUGAACGACUUCACAUCGAUUACGCAAAAGACGCUUACCGUGCCACCAAUCACAAGGAUGAGUUUGUGCAGAUGAUGCGCUGGCUCGAACGAAAGGAGAAGAUUCUGCGCCAUGAUAAGUAUGUCAACUGGCGACUUGCCAGUGAUGACAAGUCCGAGCCUCACCAUUCAUGUCCACCCAAUAUGACUUUCCAUCGGCUUCAGACUAUGACGAAGCACCCUACUGCAAAGGCCGUCAGUAUAGACAAACUUAUUGAAGACUACAGCGCUACCUAUUUCUGCGAGGCACUCGCUCGCUAUAUCACAUGGCUCGGCCAUGCCGAUGAUCCUAUCCCCCUCCAUAGUCAAGCACUGGAUGUGUUGGCACACAACAUCCAUUUCCCGUUUCGAACUCUCCCUGUUUUUCACAAGAUCACGUGGCUCUCGGUAGAUGCUCGUGGUCACGGCGACGCAACCGUCACAUUGGACUCUGUACAUGCCAGACCACAACGGAGAUUGGAUGCAGGUCUGCUGCCUCGCCAUUCAGAUACAGUCCUGGUGAACCUUGGUGCCAAUACAGAAGUCAUUAGUGCAGGUAUAGAAGCAUUCCGUGUUGCUCAAUUCAGGUUCCUAACCACCUGGCUUAUGUGGAAUGGUUUGCGCCAUUUCCAUUGGCUCCUGAUCGACACCACGGACUUUACAAGAUCUCACGAUCCUUGCAUGGUGGUGCAAAAAUGGCACAUCGUGCCAUUGUUGAACAUUGUGCGUAGUGUCCAUCUGAUACCGAAUUUUGGUGCCGUCGUCCCAUGA